AUGUGGUGGUUCCAAUCGCUGCUCUGGCUGGGUGCCGCUUCCACGGUAGUCGCUCAGUCUACGGAGGGCAUUUCAAACCUUGUUCAGCGUCGACUGCCGAAACAUGCUGACAGCUUUAGGUUUACUCUGGUGAAUGCCACUCACGCUAACAGCACCCAUGACGAGUACAUCGUGAGCACCGCUGCCAAUGGUACGGUUCUUGUACAGGGUAGCUCGCUGAGCGCACUGUCCUCGGGUCUCCACCGAUAUCUCACCGAUGUCGCCAAUGUUGAUAUCUACUGGUACAUCGGCAGUCAGCUUGACCUUGCACCCGCCCGACUGCCACGACUUAGCCUUCCCAUCACGGGCUCCAGCACUGUGCCGUGGCGGUACCACUUUAAUACCGUGACCUUCUCCUAUACCAGUGCUUUCUGGUCCUGGGAGGACUGGGAGCUACAGGUGGACUGGCUUGCCCUGCGUGGCGUUAACCUGGCUCUCGCCUGGGUUGGUGCGGAGAAGAUCAUGGUCGAAGUGUUCCGUGAGAUUGGCCUCUCGGACGCUGAGAUCGCCACUUUCAUGAGUGGCCCAGCCUUCCAGUCUUGGAAUCGAUUCGGCAACAUCCAGGGGUCCUGGGGCGGAGACCUACCAAUGCAAUGGAUUGAUGACCAGUUUGUCCUGCAGAAACAGAUCGUGCGACGUAUGGUGGAGCUAGGUAUAACCCCGGUGCUCCCCGCAUUCACCGGCUUUGUCCCUGAUAAUAUUACCCGCGUUAUGCCCAAUGCUAGCGUGGUUCGAGGCUCCGCAUGGUCUGGAUUCGCUGAGCAGUAUACCGACGACUCAUUCCUCGAACCCUUCGAUAGCCACUAUACUGAGCUACAGAGUAGCUUUAUCCACAAGCAACAAGCUGCGUACGGCAACGUGACCAAUAUCUACACUUUGGAUCAGUAUAACGAGAACAACCCUUUCUCGGGCGACCUCACCUACCUCACCAAUGUUACACGAAACACCUGGCUCAGUAUGAAACAAGCCGAUCCGAAGGCCAUCUGGAUGAUGCAGGGCUGGCUCUUCUACUCUAGCUCAAGCUUCUGGACCAACGAGCGUGUAGAGGCCUAUCUUUCCGGUGUCGAAAACAACGAGGAUAUGUUGAUUAUUGACCUGUACUCGGAGUCAACCCCGGAAUGGCAACGCACAAACUCUUACUUCGGCAAGCCCUGGAUCUGGUGCCAGCUACACGACUUUGGAGGUAACAUGGGCUUGUACGGACAGAUCAUGAAUAUUACCCAGGACGCGACCAACGCGCGUCUACAGUCUUCGUCAAUGGUCGGUUAUGGUCUGAGUAUGGAAGGCCAGGAGGGUAACGAGAUUGUCUACGACCUAUUGCUAGACCAGGCCUGGUCAUCCACCCCUAUCGACACGGACGUGUACUUCCACGAUUGGGUGACUAGCCGGUACACAGCCACAAAAUCGAUCCCGCGAGAGCUCUACAUAGCCUGGGAUAUCAUGCGCACAACGGUUUAUAACAACACCGACCUUGUAUCCGCAAUUGCCGUCACCAAGUCCAUCUUCGAACUCCAGCCCAACAUCAAGGGUCUCCUCGGUAGAACUGGCCACCAUCCCACGACUCUAAAUUACAACCCAUCAACCCUGGUUCAUGCAUGGCAACUGAUGUACCAAGCCGCCAAAGCCGACAAUUCCCUCUGGUCAAAUCCAUCUUUCGAGUAUGACAUGGUCGACGUGACACGCCAGGUAAUGGCUAACGCUUUUAUCCCCCUCUACUCGAACCUCAUUUCAACCUACAACAGUAGCAAGUCAUCCAGAGACGCCAUUACAAACCAAGGUGCCAAGCUCGUCAAUCUCCUUAAUGAUCUAGACAAAGUACUCCUCACAAACCCUCACUUCUGUCUGUCAACCUGGAUCGACGCUGCUCGGUCUUGGUCCGGGGGCAAUGCGAACUACUCCUCCUAUCUGGAGUACAAUGCUCGUAACCAGAUUACACUCUGGGGGCCGCGGGGUGAAAUCAGCGAUUACGCAUCCAAAACGUGGGGAGGUCUAGUUUCGACUUACUACGUACCCCGCUGGGAGAGGUUUGUUCACUACUUGGAUUCGACGCCGGCUGCUUCGUAUAAUCAGACCGAGCUCAACGCUCAAUUGUUGGAUUUCGGUCUCAAGUGGAACAAACAGAGGUCGAAUUUGCCUAUGCCUUCGGGCGGUACGAAUGAUCUGAAGAAGGUGUUGGCUUAUGUGCAGGGUCAGUGGCCUACCGUUUUCGGGGCUUGA